AUGGAAGACCCAAAGGCGGUCGGCCGCGUCGGCCGCGUCCUGGGGACUACAAGUCCCAGCGGCCCGUGCGGGCCCAACCCUGUUCCCGAGGUGGGGGUGGGGAGAGACGCAGAUUUGUCCCUCCGAGCGGGGCUCCCGCCGGAGGACGUGCUGGGGACUCUCACAGGGCAGAGUCUGUGGCAGUUCGGCAUCCCCGCGGACGCACAGGGCACCGUUGCUCAGUCCGGGCACCGGUCGCGGGACCGGGAAAGGGCACCUGCGCCCCGCGCGCUCCCAACCUGCGCCCCGGGCCGCAGAGGGCGGGGCUCGGCCCUCCGCCCCUCCGCUUGCGUUCCAGCGUGCGCGCCGCGUGCGCCCCGGCGUCCUGCGCGUCUGCGCGGGCGGCGGCCUGAGCGCGCGCUCCCGGGCGGCGGGAACCCGGCCUGUCGCGUCCCGCGUCGGGGAGCGGCGUCCCGGGCAGGUGAGGAGUACAGAAGAGGAAACCGUCAUCUAGUCCUGGAGGGGCUCUCAGCAGAGCCUCUACUCACUGCGGUGGGCCUGCAGACGGUCGUCGUUGCCCUCACUGUGGAUAAGGUAACCAAGCCCCAGCACCACGGAUGUAUUUCAGAGACACUCGACCAGCGUGUGCAGGCGUGGAGGCUGCGAGGCGCACACCUGAUUCCUCCUCUCCUGGAAACACAGGUGGGCGGCUUCAGCGUGGACCCCGCUCACCUUCCCAAGACAGGACUCUUAGAUCUAGUCUGGAGUAUCGGGAUCAGAGGAACGUGGUGAAGACAGAGCUCGGCCACGGUGACCACUGCCUGGGGAUCACACCCACCCCACUUGGGGACACCAGGCUUCUGUGGUGCCUACGGACAGACCUGAGAGGCCGGAUGUCCUGAGAGCCUCCCUACGCUUGUGUGACCCACUCCUGUGGCACCUCCGUAGGUGUCCCACUGUCCGUCUGUACACUCCGUCUGAGGACAUUUGCACUCUGAAGACCCCACACACGCAUUCCUCGUAAUGUCCCGCUGUGGCCGGCCAGAGACAGCAGGGACUUUGGAGCCAGACAGGCCUGGGUCUGAAUGCUGACUGUGCUGCUCCUCUGUGCGGCCGUGAGCAGGAGCCCUCGGCUCUCGGGCUGCAGGCCCUCGUUACCCCGCGGGUCUGAGUCCCUUCCCGAGGGUACUUGGCAUUGCUCAGAGUGGUGUUUCCCGCAGCACGAGAGAGGAGCCGCGGGUGCUCUGUGGGAUGAUUUGAGGGGAUGCAGUGACUUCGCGUUCUGUAGUAUUGAUCACACAUCAGUGACUUUCAGUCACGUUAAGGGGUGGGCACCUCCGUGUCUUGCUGAUCACCCUUCUGACAAGAGGUGAGCCACCCUGAGCUCAGAAACUUGACCGGCAACUGCCUGUGGCUAGAAAUCCUAACGUUUUCUUCCUUUUCCUUACGCAUACCCUUACAGAAACCUUCCGUUCUUAGCAAGUGACCCUGGGUGGCUGUUGAAAGUAUUGUUUGGAAGUGUCCAUCCUCCAAUAAAUACACUUAAAUUAAAAAUACUAAAGUCACUAAAACCGAAAUGCGGAGUAGAGGAGAGGCGAUGUAGGCGCAGAGCACAGCCAUGGAUGCGGGAUGUAAACUUGUAAGUGCUCACAUUAGUUGUUAGAGGAAGCCUGUCUGGAGCCGCCAGCAGGGCCCUGACGCCGGUGAGCAGAUGGUGUCCACUCCCCGCUUCAUCACCUGCCUUAGGUCUCUCCCUCAGUCCACCGCCAUCUCAAGUCCCAGUAUACGCAUCCAAGGAACUUACCAAAGCAGACGAGGGAGAGGAACGCGGCGGUUAUACUGGCCCUGCAGCCUGCUCGAGGGGCCCUGCUUCCGUGUUGCAAGCGUGGGAGGGAGGAGAGCCCCUGUGGUGGCAGCGCUGGCCGACCCUCCCCUUUCUUCCUCUCCCGUGACUUACGUGACUUGCCCAUUUUCCUGCGGUGAGAGCCAAGUGGUGUGCACGAACAGCUUCAGGCAGCCGCUUCUUGUGUGAGAACCCUCAUCUGAACACGCGCAAGUGCAAGUCCCAGUUCUAACUUGGAAAGGCCUGAAGGCUGGGACCAGAGGAUUCUCUUCAGGAGACGGAGGCAGGUUGAUAUCAAGAAUAUUGCCCCUUCCCUGGCUCAUAGGAAAGAUGCUGGACACUGGGAUGAAUUGAGGUCAUCAGUACUGCUGAAUCCGUGUUUGCACGGAUAUAGUGAGACACUUCGUCACCAUCCUUAGGAAGUCUGUGAAACACGGUCACCCGUCCGCCCAAACGCACACACGAGGGUCUUCUAUCAUGGAAGGUUUUUAUCUACGUAGUUAUUGAUGAAACAAAUAAAAAUAUCAGUUAAGCUGGGGCGCUUGGGUGGCUCAGUGGGU